CUAACACACAGCAAUGCAGAGUGUGAUCUGGAAAUAAAGGCUGGACAACACUGGCAGAUUUAGGGGAUAGAACUCGGUUCUGUGUGGUUUUUCAACCUCUACAACAAGAUGGGUUUAAGCUCAAGUGAAGACUGCGACCUGAGGAUCGUCCUGCUGGGGAAGACUGGAUCAGGAAAGAGUGCAUCAGGGAACACCAUCCUGGGACAAAGUGUUUUCACCUCAGAGGCUUCUCCAUCCUCUGUGACAGACACCUCUAACAAAGAGUCUGGCUACUUUGAUAAAAGAACCGUGACUGUGGUCGACACUCCUGGUAUCUUGGACACAUCAAUGAAUGAAAAACUGUUGAACAUUGAAAUAGAGCGAAGUCUCACACUGACUGACCCCGGACCACAUGUGUUCCUGCUGGUGAUCAGACUGGAUGUACGGUUCACAGAAGAGGAGAAGUCUGCCAUCAAGUGGGUCAAAGACAACUUUGGUGAGGAAGCCUCCAAACACACACUGGUGCUUUUCACCAGGGGGGAUGAGCUCAAGGAGAAGUCCAUUGAGACUCAUUUAUACCAACACCCUGAGCUCAAAGAGUGCCUCAGUAUCUAUACAGCUGGGUACAUUGUGUUUGAAAAUACAUGCAUGGAAAACCACACUCAGGUGGCUGAUCUGUUUGAAAAGAUAGACAAGAUGGUGCAGUUGAAUUGUUACCAGCAUUAUACGUGGAGCAUGUACGAAGAGACCCAGAGAAAGAAGAAUUCAAAGGAAUGGUGGAGCAAGUGGGCAGUUACUAUGGACAAUUUGAGUAAUAACAUGAUUUUGGCAGCAGUAUUCACCACUGCUGUUAAUUCCCCUGUAGCUGGUGUUCCUUUAGCAGCAGCUGCAGGGAUUUCUAAAGCCAUUGGGUGGUGGAUGAAACCUAAAACAACGGUUGUUAACUUGUAAGGUCAUUGUUGUGAAAAACUAAAAACAUAUAUGUAAUGUAAGCAUCAGUAACCACUUUAGGCAGUAAGGCAUUCAUUGUGUAUUAUAGGUGUCAAACCUAUAAAUAACAUCAUGUAUUAUCAUUUAUUAAUUCAACAGCUCCAUCUUUUUUUUCACAUGAUCAAAUGUAAAGCUGACAGAUGUAAAACAUUCAUAUCAAUAAACAUGACUUAAAGAAAAA